AUGCUUGAUAAAUUAGCAGAUCUGCGAAUAAGGGAGAAAGACUCAACAAGAUGGACUGACACAGUGACUGCAGUGAUGGGCUCGAGCAGUGCAGGGACUGACUCAGUAGUCAUUGAGGAUGUGGCCGUGGACUUUACCCAGGAAGAGUGGGAUUUGAUGGAUGUUGCUCAGAGGAAACUCUACAAAGAUGUGAUGAUGGAAACCUUCAGAAACCUGGUCUCAGUAGUUUCUGAAAGGUUGAGUGAUGGAGAAAAGUUAUCAAGUGAAUAUCUAAUGCUGGGAUUCAUGAAGAAUAACACAUGGUUCUCCAAGUUAAAUGUCAGUGAAUUGAGUGGCUUUGCAGAUCAGCAUAAAAAUCAAGGAAGAUGUGUGAGAAGGCGUAUGAUAAAGAACCUCUUUGAAAGUAUUGAAGAAAAUCAAGGUGGAAAAACCUUCAGCCUCAUUCCAAAACUUCCUGUGUUCAAAAGAACUGCUACUGUUAUAAAUUCUUCUGGAUGCCAUGAGUGUGGAAAAUCCUUCAGUGACCGUUCAUCACUUAAACAUCGUAUCUGUCACUGUGGUUGCAAAAGUUACCAAUGUAAGAAACGUAGAGAAGCCUGCACUUGUCCCUUGGACCUAAGCACUCCUGUAAGAACCCUUCCUGAAGAGAAACACUAUGAAUUUAGCAAAUAUGAGGAAAAUUUCUGUUGUUUAUCAUCCUUGUGGACACAUAUAAGAGGUUGUAAGUAUGAAUGUAAGGAACGUUGGAAGAGCUGUCCCUCAUCAUCCGUUUUACAUAAAAAAUGUCAUACUGUAGAGAAACCUUAUAAAUGUAAAGAAUGUGGGAAAGCCUUCAUUCGUCCCUCGUCCCUCACUGCACAUACAAGAACUCAUAGUGGAGAGAGGCCUUACAAAUGUAAGGAAUGUGGACAAGCCUUUAAAUAUUCCCCAGACCUUGCUAUACAUACCAGACUUCACACGGGAGAGAAGCCUUAUGAUUGUAAAGUAUGUGGAAAAGCCUUCCGUCGUCCCUCAGCCCUGAGUAGACAUAAAAGAACUCACAGUGGAGAAAAACCUUUUGAAUGUAAGGAAUGUGGACAAACUUUUACACAUUCCUCAGGCCUUGCUUCACAUAUAAGAAUUCACACUGGUGAGAGGCCUUAUGAAUGUAAAGAAUGUGGGAAAGCCUUCAGUCAUCAGUCCUCCCUCACUACACAUGCAAGAACUCACAGUGGAGAAAGACCUUAUGAAUGUAAGGAAUGUGGACAAGCUUUUAUACAUUCCUCAGGCCUGACUAACCAUACAAGAGUUCACACUGGAGAGAAGCCUUAUAAAUGUAAAGAAUGUGGGAAAACCUUCAGGCAAACCUCAUCCCUCACUAUACACAUGAGAACUCACAGUGGAGAAAGACCUUAUGAAUGUAAGGAAUGUGGGAAAGCCUUUAAUCGAUCCACAACUCUAAUUUCACAUGCAAGAAUCCACACUGGAGAGAAGCCUUAUGUAUGUGAGGAAUGUGGAAAAGCAUUUAGUUGUUCCUCACACCUUGCUGUCCAUAAAAGAAUUCACACUGGGGAGAAGCCUUAUGAAUGUCCAGAAUGUGAGAAAUCCUUUCGUAGUUCCUCAACCCUUGCUACACAUAUGAGAGUUCACAACGGAGAGAAGCCUUAUAAAUGUAAAGAAUGUGGGAAAGGCUUUUAUCGGUAUUACUGCCUCGCUGGCCAUUUAAGAAAGCAUAAUGGAGAGAAGCCUUAUGAAUGUAAGGAAUGUGAGAAAGCAUUUACUCAUUAUUCAUCCCUUGCUAGACAUAAAAAAGUUUACACGUGAGAGAGACCUAAUGAAUGUAAGGAAUGUGGGAAUACCUUUUAA